GCGUCAGGUACCUGCUGGGACCGGUGUGCGCUAAGGUGGGGGCAGCCACCUUGGGCUAAGGGGGACUCCAGCAGGCCCCUGACCACCUUUACUGCUGGUGGUCCAAGGGGUGGGGGGGAAGCUCCAGCCUUGUAGCCCCAGCUGUGCCUCACCCUUGAAGGAGGAAGAAAAAUUGGUGGCUAUAACCAUGGAUAUCUUUGGGGACCUGAAGCGAAUGAACAAGCGCCAGCUCUACUACCAAGUCUUGAAUUUUGCCAUGAUCGUGUCCUCGGCUCUCAUGAUCUGGAAAGGCCUCAUUGUGAUCACGGGAAGCGAGAGCCCCAUUGUCGUCGUCCUGAGCGGCAGUAUGGAACCCGCCUUUCACAGGGGAGACCUCUUGUUCUUGACAAACUUCCGAGAUGACCCCAUCAGAGCUGGAGAGAUUGUCGUUUUUAAAGUGGAAGGCAGAGACAUCCCAAUCGUGCACAGAGUAAUCAAGGUUCACGAAAAAGAGAAUGGCAACAUCAAAUUUCUGACCAAGGGUGAUAACAAUGACGUUGAUGAUAGAGGCUUGUACAAAGAAGGCCAGAACUGGCUUGAAAAGAAGGACGUGGUAGGAAGAGCACGAGGGUUUUUGCCUUAUGUCGGAAUGGUUACCAUAAUAAUGAAUGACUAUCCAAAAUUCAAGUAUGCUCUCCUGGCUGUGAUGGGUGCCUAUGUACUGCUGAAAAGAGAAUCGUAAAAGAACGUGGAAUUGCUUUGCACGACUCUGAACACAGAUCUACAAAGAUAUACUAAUAUAUAUGAAAUGUCUCAGUGUCUGUACAUAAUAUUCCAUGGUAUGCAAAAUGAUACUGUCUUGUCCAAAUGAAUUGUCUUGUUUGUGCUGCAGUCCUGCCAAAAAACCUUCCGUGGGUAAGUCCGGUUGGCUUUAUUGGGACGGGGCUGCAGUUUCCAUAGAUUCCGGUGACAUUAAUACGUUCCUUUAACAACGUCGUUUUAGUUUCUUCGUGUUUCGGUCACACCGUUGCUGUUAACCCAGAACAAUGCAAAAUUGGGGGGAGGGGGGGUUUGGAGGAGAUGCGUAAUACGAUUAUGUGGGCUUCAUGGGAAGGGUUGAUUGAAAGGUGCUGCAUCUGAAACAUCCAGUAAGUGAAGCAGAUCUGGGUGUGAUUAAGGGAGAGAUCUAAAAUGUUUGCAGGCAAAGAUGACCAAAGAGGACGUGUUCACUCAGUUGUUCUUCGUCUCCCUCAGUCCCACUCAAAUCAAGGUGAUCUCGUGCUCUGGUGUGCCGCAUACAAAACUGCCCUUGUGAAUGAGUUCAUACUAAGCAUCCCAUCCUAUCUGGGAUUUUUGUGAAGAGGCUUGCUAUGUGCAUGUUGUGAGGAAAACCGUUCUGCCAGAGAGACAUCAUCGAAUGGGUCUUUUUGGAGCAGAGUCAUGCGGAGUCUUGACCCACUUUCCAAGAUGAGAUCCUUGUGCUGUCUCAAGUGAAAACGAAAUAUCCCUUCAUUAGAAGCAGUGACCCAUUCGCCGAGUCUGCCCAAAUGACCGUCUUGGUGUGGUGGAGUGUGCUUAUCCCUCCAUCCCACCCUGGCUAGUGUGUAUCACGCUGUCAAAUUGUCAAGGAUGACUGUUGAUCAAAACGAUCGUCAUACGUGGCCGUCCAGAAUCCCUUCCCCGUUUUUCUGUGCCCACCUUGUGUGAAUUCGCUAACGCAUGCAUCUAAUGCCGUAGCAUCCCCCUGAGCUCUGGAAACUGUCCAUCAACAUCGAUUGGGAAGUUGGAGCUGCUUUCACGGUUACGAUUUAUGUCGGCCAGGGAAGCAAAAUGCCAUUUUUUUUUAACAGCCCAUCCACAAAGCCAGAAAUAGGCGUUCAGAGUCCUUGGUGGAUUCUGUGGCGGGACGCACACCUCACAAGCAAGGAUGUGUCUAUCAGUCUACACAGCUGUCAUAUUUUAUUUUGAGGUGCGACUCAGGGGAGCAAUCCCGCUCGGUAACAAUCCUGGUAUAGCAAGUGACCCCAAGGCAAGUGAGAACAGAUUCCUAGGUGAUGUAGUCGGACAGGCAAAAACAUAAAGGCAAGGCGCUGUUCUGGAAUGAAGAGGAGCUCCAUACCUUGCCCCCCCCCACACCUUUGGCAUGUUUACACUGCAAGCAUAAAGCAAUUUCAGCUACUGCGGCUUCUCCCAGGCUUCCCUGAGAAACAUAAUAUCCGUAACGGUGCUGCGUAUUUUCUGGCUGAAAUCCAUUUUCGUGUUUUAGAAGAAAAUCUACCUUUGAGGCCCACCCUUGGCUUUUAGCAUCCUCAUUGUGGCCUUAGAGAAGUUACUUUAACUCUAUGAAUGUUUUUCUGGGGAGGGGGGAGUUCCUGUCUUUGGAUAUAUAUGUAUAUUUGCCUUUUUUUUUUUUUUUUGCAAAAGCCAUUGUUGUAAACCUGUCAAUUCCAUUAACCCGUCUGCCUUUACGAACCAAGAGAUGGCUUUAUUGACAUUUGCGCCGUUUCUGAGAGGACUUAUGAGAGUUUUGCUCCGUUUCUGAGAGGACUUGUGAGAGUUUCUGAGAGGAUUUGUGAGAGCUGUUAAACGAAAAACAACGUUCUGUUGGGUCCUAGGGUUAUGAUGAUUAACGAAUCUGGUACCCCAGGAAUAUCCCCUUCUCUGUCUUUUAUCAUGCUAUGCAAUAUCAUCAUUAAAAGCCUGUCUUAUUUUA